UGGAUGAUAUUAACUAAAAUCUCAGAAGAAUCAUUGAGGCAGCCAUGGCUUCCAUUUCAUCAUGCAGAGCUCCUUCUACGAGCUUCUUCUUCUCUACAACCAAAACUAUCAACAGUUCUUCUCCUUCCUCAGUAAGACUCUCCUCUCGGUUUCUUGGAACUCGGGUUGUGAAGCUCAGUAGUAUCGGACUCGGACCCUCCAAUGGGUCUAGAGCCACUUGCUGGUUCAAGUUCGGAAAGAACGGUGUCGAUGCUGAGAAUGCUGGCAUCUAUGGCAGCCAGUCACGGGAUGAUUUCGACAGAGACGAUGUCGAGCAGUAUUUCAACUAUAUGGGGAUGCUUGCGGUGGAAGGAACCUACGAUAAGAUGGAGGCUCUUCUCAACCAAAACAUUCAUCCUGUAGAUAUCCUUUUGAUGUUAGCAGCAUCAGAAGGAGACAAGCCUAAGAUCGAGGAGCUCCUCAGAGCCGGUGCUAACUACACUGUCAAGGACGCUGAUGGAAGAACUGCUCUUGACAGAGCCAACAGCGAGGAGAUCCGUGAUUUGAUCCUUGGAUCCAUCACUCAAAAGGCUUGACAAAAUCUUCACUACAAGCUUCUUAUUACAGAGAAGGUGAUAUCUGUUUUUGGUACCUGUAGUUGAAAUCUCAGUCGUCUCAAUGUGUUGUUAACUUUUAAAGUUUGGUCCAAAGCCUAAGUGAGUGAGCUGCAACUUUAAAGUA